GGCGGUGACCGUCGCCGUUACCGUUGCCUCGGGGCGGCUCUGGCGGCCGCAGCGGUGCCCGUGGCUGGCCCAGGGCAGCGGGCCGCCCCUCGCCGGUGGCCGCCGGGAGCAGCGCGGCGCUGGGACAGCGGAGGCGAGACGGCGGCGGCGGCGGCGGCGGCGGCGCAGGCGGCGGCUGGUGCCGGGCCCCCCCCACUCCUCCUCCUCCUCCUCCUCCUCCUCCUGCUGCUGCCGCUGCUGCCGCUGCUGCUGCUCGCCUCCAGCCCCGGGGCGACUGCUGACUCCGGGCAGCCCCCGGGCGGCGGCGCCGGCGGCCGAGCCCACGGCGGGGGAUGGCGAGAUAGCGGCGCGGCGGCGGCCCGACUGACGCCAUUGCAUCGACUAUGGGCAUCUCCUUGUGUUUGAGGCGAUCAUUCCGGAUGGUGGACAUCACGAGAAUGAGGAGGGCUUCCGAUUUCCGAUGGCUCUUAGCCGCAUUUGUUCUUCUCUAUUUGAUGAAUCAAGUAAACAGCCAGAGGCGGGGGACUCCUUUGAAGUGUCUGACUCACGAUUUACAAGUGUGGGACUGUUCUUGGAAAGCACCCUCUAGAGAAGGCCGUGGUACUCGUUAUGAAGUAUGCAUCGAUAACAGGUCUCUUUGCUUCCAAGUUGAGGAAGCAAAUGCCAGAAUCCCAGCUCUGCCACCUGGUGAUCAUGAAAUAACAAUCAGACCCUUAUCUGAUUUUGGAAAUUCUAUAAGUAAAUUCAUACUAAGUGAAAAAAACGUUUCCUUAAUUCCAGAGACUCCAGAGAUCUUGAAUUUAUCUGCUGAUUUGUCAACUUCAACAUUACAUCUGAAGUGGAGUGACAAGGGUUCUGCUUUCCCACACUACUCAAAUGUGACCUGGGAGAUUAAAAUUCUACGUAAAGAGAGUAAGGAAUUUGUAAACUUGAUAACCCACAACACAGCCCUGAGUGGUGGGAAAGAUUCAGUGCAUCACUGGAAUUGGACCUCAGACAUCCCCUUGGAGUGUGCCAGUCAUUACGUGGGAAUUCGGUGCUACAUCGAUGACCCUUAUUUCUCUGGUCACAAAAAGUGGAGUGCCUGGAGCCCUUUGAAGAGUAUUUCUGGGUCUCCUGUUUCUCACACUAAUCAGGUUGUUCCGCUAGACAGUGUACUACUUGUAGGAUCAGAUAUCACAAUUUGUUGUAUUACCCAAGAAAAAGUGAUAUCUGCCCAGAUUGGGCGAACUUCCUGUCCUCUGAUCCAUCUUGAUGGAGAAAAUGUUGCAGUCAGGAUCAGGAACGUGUCUGCUUCUCAAAGUAGUGGAACAAAUGUGGUUUUCGAGACAAAAAAUGACAUGUUUGGGACAGUUAUUUUUGUUGGAUAUCCACCUGAUAUUCCUCAAAAACUGAAUUGUGAAACAUAUGAUUUAAAAGAGAUAAUAUGUACUUGGAAUCCAGGAAGACCAACGUCAUUGGUGGGCCCACGUGAUACAAAUUACACUUUAUUGGAAAGCUUUUCAGGAAAACAUGUUGUCUUCAAAAGAAAUGAAAUGGCCAUAAAUGAAACCUAUCAGUUAUUCUUUAAAGUGCUUCCAGAUCAAGAAAUAUAUAAUUUUACUCUGAAUGCUCAAAAUCCUCUGGGCCAGUCAGAAUCAACAGUUUUAAUUAAUGUAACUGAAAAAGUUUAUCCCCACACACCGACUUCAAUCAAAGUGAAGGAUAUUAAUUCAACAGCUGUUGUGCUUUCCUGGCAUUUGCCAGGCAACUUUGCAAAGAUGAAACUUUCAUGUCAGGUUGAAAUUAAUGAAAUUAAUUCAGUACAUGAAUUGCGGAAUGUCACAAUCAGGGGAGUAGACAAUUCAAAUUACCUCAUUGCUGUGGACAAGUUAAACCCAUAUACCACGUAUGCUUUUCGGAUUCGUUGUUUUACUGAACCUUUUUGGAAAUGGAGCAGAUGGAGUAAUGAAAUGCACCAUUUAACCACAGAAGCCAUUCCUUCAAAGGGACCAGACACGUGGAGAGAGUGGAGUGCUGAUGGAAAGAAACUAAUCAUCUAUUGGAAGUCUUUGCCCAUUAACGAAGCUAAUGGAAAAAUACUUUUCUACAACGUCUCCUGCUCAUCAGCAGAGGAAAGACAGUUCCUUUCUGAGAACCCUGAGCCUCAACAGUACAAGGCGGAAAUCCCACUCGAUACGCACGACUGUGUCGUCAGUGUGGUGGCAAAGAAUUCUGUUGGCGCAUCGCCACCUUCUCAGAUAACCAGUAUGGAAAUUCCAAAUGAUGAUCUCAAAGUGGAACAGACUGUUGGGAGGGGGAAAGGCUUUCUCUUCACGUGGAAUUACAAUCCCAACAUGACGUGCGACUAUGUCAUCAAGUGGUGUAAGUCCUCGCAGCCCCAGCCCUGCCUCAUGGACUGGAGGAAGGUUCUUCCAAGCUCCACGGAAGCCGCCAUCGAAUCUGAUCAGUUUCAACCAGGCGUGAGAUACAAUUUUUACCUAUAUGGAUGCAAAACUCAAGGAUAUCAAUUGCUGCGUUCUAUAGUUGGAUAUAUAGAAGAAUUGGCUCCAAUAGUUGCACCAAAUUUCACUGUUGAGGAUACAUCUGCAGAUUCAAUACUAGUGAAAUGGGAGGACAUUCCUGUGGAAGAACUUAGAGGAUUUUUAAGAGGAUAUUUAUUUUACUUUGAAAAAGGAGAAAGAGACACAUCAAAGAUGAGGGGUUUGGAAUCGGGCCGUUCUGACGUCAAGGUCAAGAAUAUAACUGAUACGUCCCAGAAGACACUGAGGAUUGCUGACCUGCAGGGUAAAACAAGUUACCAUCUGGUCCUGCGAGCGUACACAGAUGGCGGAAUGGGCCCAGAGAAGAGCAUGUUUGUGGUGACGAAGGAAAAUUCCGUAGGAUUGAUCAUUGCCAUUCUCAUCCCAGUGGCUGUGGCUGUCAUCGUGGGCGUGGUCACCAGCAUCCUUUGCUAUCGGAAACGAGAAUGGAUUAAAGAAACCUUCUACCCAGAUAUUCCAAAUCCAGAAAACUGUAAAGCUCUGCAGUUCCAGAAGAGUGUCUGUGAGGGCAACAGUGGUCUAAAGACAUUGGAGAUGAACCCGUGUACCCCAAAUAACGUGGAGGUUCUGGAAGUACCCUCGGCGGUUUCUAAAAUAGAAGACACAGAGAUCAUCUCCCCCGUGGCCGAGCGCCCAGAAGAGAGCUCUGAUGCAGAACCCGAGAGCCACGUGGCCGUGUCCUACUGCCCGCCGGUCAUCGAGGAGGAAAUGCCAACACCAGGCGUGGAGGAGGCCGGCGGCACUUCCCAGGUCAUCUACAUCGACGUCCAGUCCAUGUACCAGCCGCAGGCCAAGCCCGAGGACGAGCCGGACAGCGACGCCAUCGGGGCAGCCGGCUAUAAGCCCCAGAUGCACCUCCCCGUGACUUCUCUCAUUGGAGAGCCUGCUGCCGACGGGGACGUGGACAAAGCCGCCGGCUACCGACCUCAGGCAGAUGUCAGUACCUGGAACCUAGUGUCCCCCGACUCGCCGAGGUCCACAGACAGCAACAGCGAGGUGGUCUCUUUUGGGAGCCCAUGCUCCAUUAACUCCCGGCAGUUUCUGCUUCCCCUCAGAGACGAAGACUCUCCCAAGUCCAGCGGGGGAGGGUGGUCCUUUACAAACUUCUUUCAGAACAAACCAAACGACUAAUGGUGUCACCCUGUCGCUUCCGUGUCUGCCAUCUCCAUAAGCUCCCAUUGCUAGUGUUGCCGUGUCAGCAGCGGGCCUCCUGGAGGCCUCCUUGAAGUAUUGUCCAUGGGGGUGGCCGUCGCUGCUACAAGUGACAGUCUCAGUGUUCACGUGCUUUCCGUGUAGUCUCCGAGCCCAGGCAUAGUCACCCCGGAAUUCAGCCGACUCCACUCAAGAUUCGCAGCUGUUUGUGAUUCGAGCCAAAGAAUUCUCACUGCUCUACCUUCCAGAAGCAUUUCAAGGCUAAUCCUGUUCCAGUCCACGUGUGCAAAACCAAUUCCACCGUAACUGUAUUCUGUUCUGUUGAUGGUUUACUCAUAUGUAUGCGUUAAUGGAGCUGCAGGUGGGUUUGCCAGCAAGGGAGACAAAUGCCCCAAGUUAACAGGUGACCUGUAUUUGCCUGACAUUUGCUCCAUUCUAGAUGAAAACCAAGCACAGAUUUUAUAUCUUUUUACAUUGUUCACCUCCGUCCACAGCAUUUACAAAAACAACUAUGAUUUUUUUUUUUUAAUGUAGCAACAGUUCUUUAGUUCUGUUUGAUAAAGUAUGCUGAUUUCUGUACCUACUGUAUAAUGGUUAUCAAACAGUUGUCUCAGGGGUACAAGCUUGGAACGAGAGUGUGACACUGACCAGCCCAAAUUAGAAUUGUGUUUUUCAUGCUUUGCAAGGUUAUUCCAAGCCUUUCAAUUGUUUCUUAGAAUUUUUUUUUCCUAGCUUCAUUUAUGCAGUUGGUCGCCUUCAUGUUUAAAACUUAGAUUUCUAAGACUGUAUAGGGAAAUUGUUUUGUGUUUGUUGUUUUGUAUUUUAAACCUUUUUUUGUGACAGUGUCCAUUUUAUAGCUGUUUGAGCAUAUUCAAUAUUAUUCAUAGCGUGUAAUUCCAAUGAUUUACUAUUUGAUACGACUACUAAGCAAUAUCUCAUGGCAUUAGUGAUCCCCACAGUUCUGGUUGGCUCUGGCUCCUGGGAGACCAGGCCGUUGAUCUCCGAGCAAGUGUUCCUCCUUAUUGUGGGUCCUGGGGUCCUUCCUCAUUUAUGAUCCUUAAACUGUUUGACCUGGCCCUCGAAUUUUCAAUAUAAACCUCCAAAGAUAGUGCUGCUGUCAGGAACGGUUAGUGGAUGACUGUUGCUGUGUGAAGUGCUGGGUCUGAGUCCAGGGGGCAGUGCACGGCCCCUCAUACCUGUCCAGGACAGUCUCUAGAGUGGGUGUGUUUGGGGGAAGAGGCUGAAUGCAACACCCAAUAGUGCGUCUCUCCUGUGCUGACAUCCCCGUCUUCUGCUCGUUCCUGCCUUUUAUCCUGUGCUAGUGAAGGCCUCAGUACUGGAAAGUCUGCCCCAGCUGAAGAAGCCAGGACAGACCUGGGUCAUUUGAGGUGGUGUAGCGUUUGCAAUGGACUUCUGGUGGUUUUUGAGCUAGCUCAUGAGUGUCUCUGCAUAAAAGGCGUGUUGUAGAAGUAGUCGGCACUGUGUGACUGAGUCCGUGUGGCUCAGGUGCCCCGAGUGUGCAGACUGAUUUAACCUGCCAGGACCCAGCUAAACUUCUGAGGCUUGAGAUACACAGACAGGUGGAUCUAGGUACAGUUGAUAACGCUCACACAUAACACCGUAGACCUCUGCAGUGUCUCACGGAGGUUUCCCACUGUGAAACAGGCAUCAAGCCAGAGUUGUUCCUAAAUACAGUUUCCUCCAUCUUCUUUCUCCCUUAGUUCCCACUCCUGAAGCUGGGCAUGGGGCAGGGAGAGAUCAUCCAAACCUUGUCCUCAUUGUGUCUCUCGCAUAUUCCAAAAAGCUCAUCUUCGUGAUAAGUACUGGCUGAGGUAAGAGUUUACGAAUCCAAUAAACUUGAGGUCAGGUAAAAAAAAAAAAAGAUGAAAAUUUUCAUUUCUGCCCUUAGGGUAUAUGCAUUUCGGCUUCAGCCGUCUGGGUUCAGCCACGUCUCUGUGCUACAGAAUAGCUCACUUGUUUGGCUAGUGGUGACCAUCCCUGGGACUCUUUAAGUCUUCCUCUGUCCAGGGCUUCCUACUUUGCCUAUUCUGAAUGGGCACAGUGUCGGCUCACCUCUCCCCUGCUAGAGUCCCACACCCAAAGGGCAUUCGUUUAGUAAGAAGCUGAGUUCAUGCUCCAGGAGCCACGGCGAGUUCUCUGUAAAGUGCUCUGUACUUCGAGGCAUGUGGUGUAAAUCUGGGUCCAAAGCACAUACUACCACCAGUGAAUUUAAGACAGGCCAGCCCCAGUGUGCAUAUCAGUAUUCGCUCCCAGCCCUGCCUAAGGUGGUAGGGACAUCCUCGACUCUUGGAGGGGCAGGGAGGAGAGAGAGGAAAUGUGCUCUGCUAAUAGACCCUGGUGGUGGUGGCACUGGAGACACAGGUGGCAGAUGCCAGGACCGUGCCCACUCAUGAAAGGCAGUCAGUGGCCAGACUUCAUACAGCCUGAUCCAUUCCUUCCCCCGGGGCUAGAGGAGGCUCCUAACUAAGGAAAUGAUUGAGAAAUCCUCCUUUUCCUCAUCUAAAGCCCAGUCACUGGUUAGAAACUUGUAAAUGUUGGAAUUAGAAUUAUGUUCCAUGGUGUCUGCUGAACUGAACACAGAGUGCAUUCUUCACAUCUCGCCAAAGCCAGUUCACUUACAAACCAGUUUCAAGUCAAAUGUCCUUUGUGAGGAGUGAAGAUUAUGGGGAUAGUCAGUGCAACUAGCUAUCUCUCGUAUAAGGGCAUCCUAAAUAAAUAAUAGUGUAGAAUUAUUCUUACGGGAUUUGACGAAGUUUUGGUGUAAGAUAGGCCUUGUACUUUAUGUAUUGGUGUGGAUUAGCAUCAGAGUGUCAUGGAAGUCAUUGGCACGUUGAAACCGUAGACACCUGGAUUUGAGAUUGUGCCUGAGUGUCUGGAUGGCGGAGGCCUGUGUGAUGUGCUCAGGUAGAGAUGUACUUUGUUCCUCAGAGUAGACACAGAGGCCACCCUGUGCAGAAAAGUUUGAGGGUGAAAGAAGCUGCCUCAUUUUCCACACCAGCCUUACUUUUACACUUCCCAGAUCCGAAAGAUUACAUUUAGAGCCCCUAGCACUGCUACUGCACUUUCAGAAACUGUGGUAAAGUUAUUCUUAAAAUUUCAUGCGAUUUGAAUUUUUAUUGAAAAUUAGUCCUGUAAUUUGUAUUUUUUUUAUACUCUAAAUGUUGAAAGAACAUUGCAAUCUUUUCUAUAUGUGGAUAAUUAAUGAAGGAGAUCAGGGAAUAUUUUUUUUUCUGAAAGGAACUUUGAUUUAGGGUAUUUUGAAAUUAAAGUCCUCCCUGACAUGCCCAUAUUCAGAAAAUGUUCUAUCAACUAUUUCUACAGCUCAGGCACAUGAUCCGCUACAAUUUUUUUUUAUUUAUCCUGAGAUAAUUUUUGCUUGCAAGGUUGACCCAGGUUCGAUUCCUCUGCCCCUCUCAGAGAGCCCAGCAAGCUACCAAGAGUAUCUUGCCCACACGGCAGAGCUACCCGUGGCGUAUUUGAUAUGCCAAAAACAGUAACAACAAGUCUCACAAUGGAGGUGUUACUGGUGCCCACUCGAGCAAAUUGAUGAGCAAUGGGAUGACAGUGACACAGAAUUUUUGCUUGUUUAUCCUAAGAUAAUUUUUCUUUCUGAACCAUGUUAAAAUUUGCCUACAUUUUAUAAAAUGCUUCCUUAUUUUGAAAGUAUGAAAAUUGGAUAGCUCAGUAGUCAAGUGUGAGAUCUUAAGCCAAUUACAUUGUUCAUAGUGGAAGUUCAGUAACUGUUCACUGAGUUCCAUCCCAGCAUGUACUGAUUAAACCGUUUUCCUGAUGGGUGGCAUAUGUGUCUGGAUCUGGCUUAAGCAGGUCUGAGACUGCAGCUGAUAGAUUCUAACGUGACCCACAAGUGGCUCCUUGUUGUGAGUGAAAACCUGGGAGACACAUGCUUAAAAGCAUAAGUAGCAACUAAUUUCUCCCUAAGUGUUCAUUGUUUCUUCAUACUCAGAAGAGAUGCUGCUUGGAGCAUUUUUAUUUAUGCAGCCCAGUCUGUGUUCUGGAAAGCAGCACGUUAUGUGUGAGCUUACUUGAAUAGUGUUAGCAUUCAUUCUUUUGAUAAACUGUUGAUUCCAAGCAUUUAUUUUAAACUGAUACUUCCUGAUGAAGCAUAGUUUUGUGGUGUUAUGCCCAUCUGAUCAUAUACACCUAGAAGAAAACACUUCAAGGAAGAAAAUUAUUUAUGGCUAAAUUUACUAGAAUGCAUAUCUUAGAACUGAAGAAUCAUUGGAAAUUACUCAGUUUUAAUUUGGUCUGUAGCUUCAUGGAUUAUACAUCAGGGCUAUUAAUCAUGAAACCUCGUUUCACUGGGAUGGUAAGAUUUCUGUUCUCUUUUAAUUAGUAUGUUUUCUCACCUGUAACAUGAUUGUAUUCAUGCUAAUUACAAUACAUAUGAGCUAUUUUUAAUGUCAUUUAUGAAGGAUUACGAACCGCAUUCAAUUAGUAUGUAAAGGCUUUAUUAGGGUUAACCUAAAAUACUAGAGGAUAUGAUUUGAUCUAGAAUAUAUCCAUAGAUUUUUAAUUAUGUCAUUGAGUUCUGACAAUUCUCUUCUUAGCCAUGAAUAGAGUUUGUUUCUCCUUAAAUUAAGAAGGGUGAAAAUAUUUGGGAUUAUAUGUGUCUAAGCUAUAAACAAUUUACCUAUGCAAAACAAAUUUUAAUUGUACAACAUUUUAAUGAAAAUUAUAAGUAGUAUUUUAAGGGGGUAAGCCCUUUGAAUGUUGUUGUUUUUUUUUUAUAUGUAAGUGCCUAGCUAAGGAACCAGAGAAACAAUAAAUUCAUAUUCUCUUAAAUAAUCUAUAUUGAUUGAAUAUUAACCAUUUUCAAAGCAGUAAUAACAUUACUUUUUUGUUGCUAUAAUGAAUGUCCUAAAAAACCAAAAGAUGAAUAGGAAAACUAUAAAUGUUGAAUUGAUAAGGAAAUUUUUAUUUUAUUUUCCUUGUAUCUUCUAAGAUAGCCUUUGUACUCGCCAAUAAGACAUUUUUAAAACCAACAAGACUUAGCAUCAUAGGCCUUAUAUUGCACUUAAGCCAAAAACAAUUUGUACACCUGAUUGAAUGUCUCACUCAGUGUAUUGAAUUUCCUUCUAUGUUUAAGAUCUACAUCCCUUUAGAAUGAUUCCAUUUUAAGUGGAUAACUUUCCAUUUCUGAGCUCACUGUUUUUCCUGACCAUUCCAGUGGUGUUAUGAUUUUUAUAAUGUGAAUAUUUCUAGAUGGUGAUAACAAUUUUCAUUAAAACAUGGGCAUGUUAUUAGAUUUAAGAUUAGCAUUUUUGCAUUUGAUAGUAGAAAAGAUAGAGAAUGAUGUUCAUUUAAAAAUAUUUUUCAGAUAUUCUUUCCCCAGUUUGAUUCAGAUACUUUCACCAUAUUUAUGACAUAAUUCCACUUAAUUUUCUUUCCAGCGUAAUGGUUAGGAAAAUAUCAAUAUUAUGAAUAGUUAAUCAUAAUAUAUAAGAAAUUCUGUUCCUUUGUUGUAGGAUUGCUCUAAUAUAAAACCCUGCAAGAUUUUUUCAAUUCUGUUAUUAAAAAAAAAAGUAUUUUUCUUCAAUACAUUUUAAUUCAAAAUUGCUUGAAGGAUUCUGACCUAGAUAAGACAUUCUAAUUUUGUGAUAGCCACUUUAAAUGUAUGCCCUAAGGUAAAAUUCAUUGAAACCUAUUCACCCUUCCCAUAAGAUCAAUAUUUCUUAUUAACAUUUCUUUUUCAUUAAGUGGCCAUACGAGAGAGGCCUUUACGAUGCUAGGAAAUUACAUUUUUUUCCUCUCUCUCUCUCUCUCUCACUCUCUUUCUCUCUCUCUCUCAAAAUUUCACUAUACUGACUUGCUGUUUACAAAUUACACAUACUGUGAACAGAUAUAAGUUUUUGUCUUUUAUAAGGUUGUUUGUAGAAUGAGUGUUUUUUAGGGGGAUGUUAUACGUUAGUUUAAGUUUUUUUUAAAAAAGCAACUACUAGUAAUUGUUUACUAAUUUUUGUUUGGUCAGGCGUAUGCAAAUACAGCUUAAAGAUAGGGACAGAGCGUAGAUCCAGAACUCUUUCAUUUCUUGAAAUGUUUACCACUAUAGACUAUUUUUUUAACCUGAAUGAUUGAUCAGUUACGUUCUGUUCUUAAAAUCAUGCUUUGUCAAAGCAUUAUAUACAGAAACGGCUAAAUAGACAUAUACGGCAAGUAAACAGAUCGCAGUACAUUUGUAUGAUUCCAUCUGAUUCAUAAAAAUCAAGUUUAAUACAGAAUAAGAUUGAUCCACUUACUGGGAUGACAACUGAAAUGUUCUCUGCCUUGUGAAAAUUUCAAGAUCACAUUGCUGUUAGAAUGAAAAAUUUGGACAUUUUAUACCAUUGUGAUUUCAGAAUUUAUUUUCCAGAUCUUUUGGAAAACAUGGUUAUAGCAAGAACAUAGACUAUAAGUAACCUAUUACUAAAACACCUUAAAUGUAAAAUUAGUAUGCUUGGCUGUUAACUCUAAAGAUGUCACUUAAUGUCUGUUUUUUUUUUAAACAUGCAUGUAUUUAACAAUUUUAUCAUAGUAUUGUCAUGGAACAAAUAAAUAUAUUUUCUUACAACUUACAUGGA